CAACAACACAGGCUCACCAGGAAAAUGGAGGCAGGGCAGGCAUAGAGAAACAGGCAAUGCAGCUUCAGCAGCACAGGGCAAAUAUCCCCGAGAAGUGAUGCUUUAGACCGUCGGCACAUUGGAAACCAUGAGAUUUUGCGAAACUACAGAAUAGCAGGCUGCCGAUAAAAAGAGGAAUCAAAAAGUCGUCAUUUUUUCUCACCUUAUACGAGAAGGCCACUUCCAGAGGAGGGCGAUAUGGAGUCGUCUUCUGUGCUUGGAGAAGGGAGAACACCACCCCCAAACUCCCUGCAUAUUGGCGGGGCUGGCACGGGCUCGACCCAUCGGAAGCGCCGCACCCUUGUAGCGCCGGACAUGAACCUGUCUCUAGACCAGAGCGAAGGAUCCCUGCUGUCCGACGACUUUCUGGACACUCCUGACGACAUGGACAUUAAUGUCGAUGACAUUGAAACCCCAGAUGAAACAGACUCUCUGGAGUUCAUUGGCAACGGAAACGACCUAGAAUGGGAAGACGACACACCAGUUACCUCUGCUAAGCCAGGGCCCAUUGACCGGGCCAGUGAUGUCUGCGAGGGCAGCGGGAACGGACGUCUCUGGAGGACGGUCAUCAUCGGCGAGCAGGAACACCGUAUCGACAUGCAGGUCAUUCGACCGUACGUGCGGGUCAUCUCUCAUGGAGGUUACUACGGUGAGGGUCUCAACGCCAUCAUUGUGUUCUCAGCAUGCUACCUGCCUGAUAGCAGCUGCCCAGAUUACCAUUACAUCAUGGAAAACCUCUUUUUGUAUGUAGUGAGUAGUUUAGAGAUGCUGGUAGCUGAAGAUUACAUGAUAAUCUACAUGAAUGGGGGAACCCCACGCAGUAAAAUGCCUGGCAUCAGCUGGCUAAAAAAGUGCUAUCAGAUGAUUGACAGAAGAUUGAGAAAGAACCUCAAGUCUCUGAUAAUUGCACAUCCUUCUUGGUUUAUCCGCACUGUCCUGGCCAUCUCCAGACCCUUUAUCAGUGUGAAGUUCAUGAAUAAAAUUCGCUACGUGCACAGCUUGGAGGAACUGGAGCAGAUUGUUCCUGUGGAGAACAUUCACAUCCCUGAGUGUGUUAUACAAUAUGAUGAAGAAAGGAUCAAGGCACGAAAAGAACGAAUGGAACAGGAAGAGCAAGCGCAUCAGUCACAAGGACAGGAAGAGUCAGCCAUUACAGACAGGCCAACUACAGAAACAGCAGUUUCUGAGGAGGAAAUGGCAGAGGAGCCUGUCCCGUGACAGAGACAGCUGCAGGGCCUUGCAGAAAAGUCACUGAAAUGCUGAUCUAAGACAAGCUUCCUCUCUCAGUGUCCAUGUAUACAAAUCAUUUACUGUUCUCAGAUCAGCAAAAAGGGAAACAUUUACUGAACGUAUAGAGGGAAGGAAAGCAAGGCACAGCAUUCAAAGCUUUCUCACAGCUUCCACUUGGUGGAAUGUUUCUUCACCCAGAGAAAUGUUUCUGUACUCUGUAGCAGGAUGUGUAACCUCCACAGUUGUAUCCUAUGUACUGAAACUCCCCAGCAAUGAUCCACCCGUAAAUCUGCUGAUUUCUGCUUUGCAGCUCUGCCAUUGGUCAGUGCCAUGUUAAGGAAUGUUGCAUCACCCACCUCUGAAAAUAUAGGUGUGUCUUAUCAAAAGCGAGGUUUAAAGCAAUGCAUGCAAAGUUUUGCACCAUUGUGAUGGCCAUUCUUUAAAUCAUGCACAUUUGCCUGGCUGGAAUAUAUCAUUAUUCUGUUCUGUAGCUUGUUUAUAGGUUUUCCAUUUUACAAUAUGGAGGCCUUUUUUGAAAAGGAAUGCUUUCUUCCCUGUUAUCAUGGUUAAUUAUUGGCUUUUAAAGUGAAUGCUUUUCAGAGAAGUGCCAAUCAGUACUUGCUGAAAAAGUGGCUUGGCACAGAUGUGUUCAAUGAGAAUUUUAUGUUGCCUUAUGUUUUGACUGUUUCCAAAUUAAACACACCAGUAUGUGUAUAGCACGAA